AUGUCAUAUAUUAUUGGAAAUUUAAUGCAAGGUUUCUCAAGUGGUGGUUGGAAAGAGCAACAUAAUAUGCAUCAUGCAGCAACGAAUAUUAUUGGUCGUGAUAGUGACAUCGAUUUAAUGCCAUUUUGGGCUGUUGUACCAUCAGAUUUGAAAGUGAGAAUUCAUCAGGAAAGAGCAACAGUUGAGCGUUUAGCGCUAUUACUACAUUGGUGUAUGGUAAUCAUGCAACUUUAUUACUUACCAACAUUUCAAAUACGAUUAAUUUAUUUCUUCAUAUCACAAUUAUUCGCUGGAUUUCUCUUGGCUCAUGUUGUUACUUACAAUCAUUACUCCACUUUAAAAUUCAAAUGUGAUGAUGUAAUUUGCAAAAGUUAUGUCUGUUUGCAACUUUAUACAACCAGAAAUAUGAAGCCAGGAAUUUUAAUUGAUUGGUUAUGGGGUGGAUUAAAUUAUCAAAUUGAACAUCAUUUAUUUCCAACCAUGCCAAGACAUAAUUUAAAAAAGGUGAUGCCAUUAGUGAAGGAAUUUUGCAUGGAAAAUAAUUUACCGUAUAUGGUAAAUGAAUAUUUUGAAGGAUGGCUUAUGGAAAUUCAACAAAUGGCUGCUGUUGCAAAAUUAGCACAACGAAUUUGUCAUCAAAAUUAG